UAUGAAAUCUUGCCCCAAAAUCACAACCACACAUAAUCACACCGCCCGGCAUCCAAAUCUACCAAUAAAUAUUAUUUUUUCUUUAAAAAACAAACUCUCAAUUUCUCAAUUGCUUUUAGCCGUUGGUUGAUGAGAUGAACAGCUCAGAUGAGAUCACUCCAACUGUAAUUAGAAAACGAGGGCCGUGGCAACCGUGGAAGAGCCCAGUGCUCCAUCUGUCUGAAGCUUUAAUGGCGCGUUCAUGUAUCCUGGGCAACGUUUAGAAGAGUAGAUUAGUUUCAGAGGUAGUUUUUACUGUGUUUAAUUCUCCAGUGUUGGGAAAUUUUUGGAAGUGUAGAAUAGUGUCAGAGCUCUUUUUUACUGUAUUCGAUUCUCCAUUGUUGGUGGUUUUGGGUUCUGAGAUUUUCAGCACACAGAGACAAAUAGAAAGGAGAGAGAGGAGAGAAUGGGUACUCUGAUUUCCUCUGCGUUCGAUUCGAACUCAGGGAAGGCGAUGGUGGUGGCUGUGAUCCUCAUGAUGGCUUCUUUCUACAGCGGCACUCUUUUCGGCAGCAAGAAUGUAAUCUCUACGCAGGAUCCCUUUAAAAACACAUCAGCUCUGAGCAAUAGAGUGGUGCUUAAAUACAGGCGAACACCAAUCUUGAUACCUAAUAAUGGGAUGGACAUAUGUCCCUUAAAAUACAAUGAAUAUGUUCCUUGCCAUGAUUUGUCUUAUACCAGUACUUUGCGAGCCAAGCUGGAUCUCUUAAGGAAGGAGGAUCUGGAAAGGCAUUGCCCUCCACUUGAGAAGCGAUUAUUUUGUCUAGUUCCUCCUCCAGAGGACUAUAAGAUUCCAAUUAAAUGGCCAAUUAGUAGGGACUACAUUUGGCGUAAUAAUGUGAACCAUACACAUCUUGCUGAAGUCAAAGGUGGACAAAAUUGGGUUCAUCAAAGAGACAAGCUAUGGUGGUUUCCUGGUGGUGGAACCCAUUUCAAGAAUGGAGCUCCAGAAUACAUUCAAAGGUUAGGAAAUAUGAUAACUAAUGGGACAGGUGAUCUACAAACAGCAGGUGUAGUUCAAGUUCUGGAUGUUGGGUGUGGUGUUGCAAGUUUCUCGGCUUUUUUGACUCCUUUAGAUAUCCAAACAAUGUCUUUUGCUCCCAAGGAUGGUCAUGAAAAUCAGAUUCAGUUUGCUUUGGAACGAGGAAUUGGUGCAAUGAUUGCUGUUCUGGCCACGAAACAGCUACCAUUCCCUGGAAACUCAUUUGAAAUGGUCCAUUGCUCCCGCUGCCGUGUUGAUUGGCAUCUCAAUGAUGGUAUCUUACUGAAAGAAUUGGACCGCCUUUUGAGGCCUAAUGGCUAUUUUGUAUACUCAGCCCCACCGGCUUAUAGAAAGGAUAAAGAUUACCUAAUGAUAUGGGACACAUUGAUGAAUUUGACAACAGCAAUGUGCUGGAAGUUCAUUGCUCGACAGGUACAAACUGCUAUUUGGCAGAAACCAGCGAGCCACAAGUGCCAACUGGAGAACUCUGAAAAUAAGAUAUUAGAUAUAUGUGAUGAUGUGGAUAAUUUGGAAGACACUUGGGGAAAACAACUAAGAAACUGUGUGAAGUUAAUUCCAGAACCUGAAGAUAUUCAGCAGCUCCCUCCAAGGCCAGAGCGUCUCUUAGCAUAUUCUACGUCUCUCAAAAAAAUUGGAAUCAGUCCUGAAAGGUUUAGUUCAAAUACCGACUUUUGGCAAGAGCAAGUUUACCAUUAUCGGAGGCUUAUGGGUAUCAACUACACAGACAUAAGAAACAUCAUGGACAUGAAUGCUUACCUUGGUGGCUUUGCUGUUGCGCUAAAUAAAUUUCCAGUUUGGGUUAUGAACAUAGUACCGGUUGGCAUGGAAAAUACUUUGGUGGCCAUCUACGAUAGGGGUUUGAUUGGUGCAUACCAAGAUUGGUGUGAGCCAUUUUCCACGUAUCCACGUGCAUAUGAUUUGCUGCAUGCUUUUCAUUUAUUUUCUCAUUAUAAAGACCGUGUGCAAGGAUGCCAAUUGGAAGAUAUCUUACUGGAAAUGGAUCGUAUCCUUCGUCCUCAGGGAUUUGUUAUCAUUAGGGAUGAGCCACCCAUAAUUUCAAGCAUUCGUGAUCUUGCACCUAAAUUCCUUUGGAAUACCAAAUUGCAUAAUUUGGUGGAUGAGAAGAACCAGAGAGAACUUGUACUAAUUUGCCAAAAGAAGUUUUGGGCAAUUCAGUGAGAUAUAUUUACUUUGAUAAGGUUCUAAAUUCCAUUAAAUUAUCUUUUUAAAGUUGCAUACCGAGCAAAUGAGUGAUUUGGAGCUCGCAAGCAUGAUACAUUUGUAAAAAAAAAAUUUAAUUCAUUUUUGCAAGUUUUUCUCAAGGCAA